AUGUCAGGUCCAGGAAGUGUCACCGUGUCCUGUCAAACAGAAAGAAGUGGACCGGGCAAAUCGAGGUACAGGAAACCGCGGAAGACGUCUGCUUCUGUCAUCGCCGACUUCCUGGAGAAAUGUGACCAGGAAGACAUUAAAAAGUUGUACCACGAUUUCGAUGAUUCGUCUGAUGACAAUGAGGAUAUCUAUGAAAACAUAAAACUUCAGAAGGGGAUUAUUGAAAGUGUGAGGUAUCAACCCUGGAGGAUGUCAAAAAAACUCACUCUCACCAGUUGUGCGAAGUCGUAUUUGGAGAAACAUGAAGGCCAACUCUCGAGAAGUAGGGGAUACCGAGAGAAAGGUGCACGGGUAUGGCGACGAUUGAGACGCCUUGUUACAGACACGGUAGCGUCUCUGACCCCCUGGGAGGUGAGAGUGAAAGCAAUCGAGAGUCAUUUUGGGACGGUGGUGGCGUCUUAUUUCCUGUUCCUGAGGUGGCUUAUCUGGAUCAACGUAUAUCUGAUGCUUAUACAAGUCUGCUUUGUCAUUGUUCCGGAGCUAAUCGGGGGUGAUAGCCAUGGAAGCAUUGGACGUAAAUCCAUUCCGGUGUCGGAGCUGGGAACAUCACAGGAAUUGGGAACAAUCUGGGACGCUGAGGGUAUUGUCAAGUAUUCGGUGAUGUUUUAUGGUUACUACGGCAGUGAGCGUGUGCUCGGUCAGGGAUACCGACUUCCUCUGGCUUACCUUGUGUCCGGCUUCGCCACCUUUGCCAUCAGUUUCUUCGUUGUCCUUAGAAAAAUGGCGUCAAAUUCCCGACUGAGUCGGCUAUCGAAUAAGGACGAGCAAUACACCUUCUCCUGGCGCUUGUUCUGUAGCUGGGACUUCUCUAUAGGCAACACUGAGACAGCCACCACCAAGACUGCAUCUGUAGUGACAACAUUCCGGGAAGCUAUACUAGAGGAGAAAGAAAAAGAAAAAGACAUGAACAAGUUCAGGUUGCUGAUGACGCGGGUCCUGGCUAACGUAUGUGUGCUGCUGAUGCUGGGGGCAAGUACGUAUGCCAUUCAGCUAUGUGUUGAGAGGUCCCGCCAAUUGGACAUCCGCAAACGGCGGGGUCAUGUCGUCACGGGAUUCUGGCAGGAAAACGAGCUAACACUGGUAAUGACCAUUAUUUCCACCAUCUUUCCCAACAUCUUCGACAUUUUUGCAGUCCUUGAGAAGUACCACCCCCGUAUUACUCUCCGUUGGCAGUUAGCCAGGAUCUUUGCACUGAACCUUUUGAAUCUGUAUACACUAUUCAUAGCGCUGUUCUGGAAGCAACAAGACAUGAAGAAAGAAUUGGAAGAGAAAAUGAUCAAUGGCACUCUUACUAACUGCGAACAAACCACGAGCAUCCUUCCGGUUAAUGUUACUAUACCGCCAGCGACAUUUGGCUACAAACCCUCGAUCUGUAACGGCACGGAGUCGGAGGAAAUGGCUGCGAACUUGUGUUGGGAAACCAUGAUAGGACAGGAAGUGGUGAAGCUGACGUUGAUGGACUUAGUGGUGGUACUGGCACAGAUUAUUGUACUCGACUACAUACGAGGUCUCUUUGUUCGUUACUGCAACCAAAUGUGCUGCUGGGACUUGGAAAAACAAUUUCCGGAAUACGCCGAUUUUAAGACUGCUGAAAACCUGCUCCAUCUCAUAAACAACCAAGGAAUCGUUUGGUUGGGAUUAUUUUUCGCGCCUGGGCUUGCUGUUCUCAAUCUUCUAAAGUUGUUCAUCCUAGUGUAUGUACGGAGUUGGUCCGUCAUGGUGUGUAACGUUCCGCAGGAGGCGAUUUUCCGCUCGUCACGCUCUAAUAAUUUCUACUACGCCCUAUUGUUGGUGAUGCUGUUUCUCACUAUGCUACCUCCUCUAUUUGCUAUCGUUGCUCUAAUUCCGUCACCGCACUGUGGACCAUUCAGCGGCCAACAACAGAUGCUGAGUACCCUGACCGACACGAUUGAACAGGACUUACCGAGCGUGGCGGGGACCAUUCUCGACUACUCUUCCUCUCCGAUAGUUAUCGUACCGGUCUUUAUGUUACUCGGAAUGCUCAUAUAUUACCUGACGAUUGUGAGUCAGUCUCUCCGGGACGCCAACAAGCAACUUCGCAUAGCGUUGGAAUAUGAGCGGACCGAGGGGAAGAGAAAGAUAUAUGCAAUGGCAGAUGCCAUUUCCAUGCUCGCUGCGACAAGAGUGGCAAAGAUAUUAUCUGCUGGUCCAACGUCUAAGGUCAGACCAUCGACAGCUGGGCCCGCUUCUAAAACGACCAAGGGAUGGAAGAUCGCAGCUGAUAAGGCUGGACCAAGUCAAACGAUUGAUCCUGGACCAAGUAAAAUUAGCUUACUGGAGACAAUAUCUGACACAAUGCGUGACUCCCAAACAGGAAAAAGACAAACAGCUCUAAAGAUGGCCAAAACAACACAGCCGAAAUCUUACUCUCAUGUAGCCAAAACAUCGGGGACGGAUAAUGAAAGACAUCAGACGCAGGUGGCCGUUGUGCGAGCUACACAGAACUUCAGGAAACUUACGAGUAAAAGCUCGUCAAUCACUGAAGGUUCUUCAGACGGACGACAUUAUACCGAUGAUAGUCGAAGGAGAAUCGGAGACCGGAAUCAUUGGAACAUCGCAGGACAAUGUAGUGACGGUAAGGAAAAUAGCACAUCUGUAGCUUCUGAAUCCAUGCACAAAGAUAUAGAUGAGGUACCAGAAGAUAUGGAAGGUUGUUAA